GUCCGGCCCAUCCCGCCGCAGCAGCCCGGAGGCAGAGCAGGGGUGAGGCGGGGAGAGCAGCGCCGAGUGGGGCCCGGGGCGCAGCCAGAAUGGUGCUUGAAGGAAAUCCUGAAGUGGGGUCUUCCCGAACCUCAGACCUCCAGCACCCUGAGAACAGUGGCUCUUGCCUUCUCUCUUCUCCUGGUGAAGAUGCACAGCCAGGCGAGGAGCCCAUCAAAUAUGGCGAACUCAUCGUCCUAGGAUGCUGUGAGGAAGGAGGUGAGGAAACCGAGGCUCAGAGAGGGGAAGUGCCUGGUCCAAGGGCACACAGCUGCUACAAUGGGUGUCUGGCAAGCGGGGACAAGGGCCGCCGGCGGAGCCGCCUGGCACUGAGCCGCAGGCCACAUGCCAACGGAGUGAAGCCAGACGUCAUGCACCACAUUUCCACACCGCUCGUCUCCAAGGCCUUGAGUAACCGAGGCCAGCACAGCAUCUCAUACACACUGUCCCGGAGCCACUCGGUCAUAGUGGAGUACACCCACGACAGCGACACAGACAUGUUCCAGAUUGGCCGCUCCACUGAGAACAUGAUCGACUUCGUGGUAACAGACACCUCCCCGGGAGGAGGGGCCACCGAGGGCCCUUCUGCCCAGAGCACCAUUUCCCGUUAUGCCUGUCGCAUCCUCUGUGACCGCAGGCCACCCUACACGGCCCGCAUCUAUGCUGCCGGCUUUGACGCCUCCAGCAACAUCUUCCUUGGAGAGCGGGCAGCCAAAUGGCGGACCCCCGAUGGCCUGAUGGAUGGCCUGACCACCAAUGGGGUCCUGGUGAUGCACCCUGCGGGCGGCUUCUCCGAGGACUCGGCCCCAGGUGUCUGGCGGGAGAUAUCAGUCUGCGGGAACGUGUACACACUGCGGGACAGCCGCUCGGCCCAGCAGCGGGGGAAGCUGGUGGAAAAUGAAUCCAAUGUGUUGCAAGACGGCUCCCUCAUUGACCUGUGUGGGGCCACGCUGCUGUGGCGCACUCCGGCAGGCUUGCUGCGGGCGCCCACGCUGAAACAGCUGGAGGCCCAGCGGCAGGAGGCCAACGCAGCGCGGCCCCAGUGUCCCGUGGGCCUCAGCACCCUGGCCUUCCCCAGUCCAGCCCGGGGCCGCACAGCCCCUGACAAGCAGCAGCCCUGGGUCUACGUCCGCUGCGGCCACGUCCACGGCUACCACGGCUGGGGCUGUCGACGGGAGCGGGGGCCCCAGGAGCGUGAAUGUCCUCUCUGCCGACUCGUGGGUCCCUAUGUACCCCUGUGGCUAGGCCAGGAGGCUGGGCUGUGCCUGGACCCGGGGCCCCCCAGUCAUGCUUUCGCGCCCUGCGGCCAUGUCUGCUCUGAGAAGACUGCCCGCUACUGGGCCCAGACACCACUGCCGCACGGCACGCACGCCUUCCACGCGGCCUGCCCCUUUUGCGGGGCCUGGCUCACCGGUGAACAUGGCUGCGUCCGCCUCAUUUUCCAGGGGCCUCUGGACUAGGCUCUCCAGGGCCCUCCCGGCUGUGCCCACCUGCUCCAGCCCCCGCCCCCCUGCAGCUCACAGGGAGCUCUGCAUGUGGAACUCUGCCUGCUGGCGCCUGGCCACACCAGCUGGACACACUGGAUGGGUGGGGGCCCCCCUCCCCAAGGGGGUUCCGGAAAUCUUCCCAGUCAUCCUGAAGGGAAUCUGCGGUACCAGCUGUGCCCCCAGGCGAUGGAGGGAAGCUCAGGCCCCUGCCGUACCCUUCCUGGGGUCUCCCCCAUCAUGCCGGUUACACUGUGCCCCUGCCAGGGCAGUGAAGGGACUAUGGCCCCUGACCCCCAGCUUCUGCUGGUUGGGCUCCCCAGCCUGCCAACCCGGUAACAGAUACUCACCCUUCUCGCGGCUGCCCUGGGUUCCCUUAGAAACCUCGCUGCUCAGCUGCCCUUCCAAACCCACACAUUCCCCGCCCUCCCUCCCCCAAUGCGUUCAGAGCUUCCAGCCCUGAUUGGGGAGUGGGUGUGGGCAGGCUGGGACUGAGCGAAAUGGAGUUCGAGGUUCAGUGGAGGAUGGACAGUUGGGUGCAUUCGGAUGGGCGAAUCCUUGGGUUGGGGAAUAGGCUUUGUUGGCCUUGGGAAAGCAUGGAAGGCUUCAGGGAGGAAGUGGCACAGGAACCGAGCCUCUGUGGUGGUUCUCAGUCUACCAGGCCCACGGGAAACGGUGUAUGCUCUGCCUACUGUGGGUCGCAGGCUGAGGGGAAAGGAAGGAGGAGGGUCUGAGUGACAGGCUGCAGGGGGUACACAAGAGACUGGUGAGAAGAUGCUGGAUAGGGUGUCUGGACUCUUAAUUUGUGGACAGCCAGGAGUCCACAAAGUGGCUGGGAGCAGGGAGCGAGAAGAUUCGCUGCUUCAGAGCCCUGGUUCUGACCCAAGGGCUACCACUACUGAACACCCGCCCGCCGUGUGCCCCGCUCUGUGCUGACAGUAAUAACAGCUUGGUUC